AUGGAAGCUACAUUCCCAAAGUUCCUAGAUCUUCCCAAAGAGAUCCAGAUCCUGAUCUGGGAAGCCGCCGUUCGCCCGUCAGGUGACCGCCAUGUCCAUCGAUUCUCCAUCGCCGGCUUCCCUCUGAGACAUACAAAUCGAAAGCACUUACGCUUAGAAAGGACCAAACGAUUAUCUGAUGGGACUUCACGAGUCGUUUCUUGCUCCACCUUUACCGUACCUGCGGAUGACGUAGAAGGAAAUCUCAAUGACUCUAUCUAUCUGUCAGACAGUGGUCUCUGGACCGCGUGCAAGGAUUCACGCGAUGCAAUGGAGAGUCGAUUCAAGAGGAACGAAUGGUGGUCAUAUAUCAAGUCCCCCCAUCACCCAAAGCGCACAGCGAUGGCCGGCGAAUGCCUUGGUCAGGAAGGCACCUCACACACAGCGUCAUACACGGACUAUGACGGAGUCGUCAAACAUAUCACUAUAGGCUACGACAGAGAUCUGAUUCAUAUAGAUCCUCGUCACCUAUGUAAUAUUGAGAACAUCGACUGGUUUCAUUCGUCGUAUAACAUAUUUCAGCUGCCUAUUCUCGAUAAGAGGCUUGAAGUGGAAGGUGGCCCUAUAGUCAAGCCUAGCUUUGUCGGAGAAAACAUCGCACUGGACUACGACCGCUCCAUAUUGGACCAGUUCAGUUCACAGAAGGUGCACUACCGAGAAAAGGCACUGGAAGCGCGCUCUGUGGAUUUGUUCGACAUGCUCUUCUUUUUAUGCGAAACAGCGCAAAGAAAUGUCUGGUUUAUCGACCAUGGCUUGAUACCAGCCCCGAACGCAGCUGUUAACACAGCGUCAGUAAGAGAGAUCUUCCGGUCAGGCUACUGCAUCUACACCGAAGUCAAGAGAGAAGACAUAGGGGUACUAUGGCUUCUCAGUGACUACGACAAAGCCCUUGACGACGAGAAUCACACUGCAUUCGACAUGUUUCGCACUUUCGAGGAGGGUUCGUGGGAAUUAGAAGAUCCUUCGCGUUUGAGAGUGUUGGCCUGUCAGCCUGUACCUGGACGAAAUGUCAAGCCUCGAAAGCCAUGGGCGCUGCGUUGUCAUGGGCAUCCCUCAUGCGAAUUAUGUAAUGCGGAUAAGCCUGUCCCGCGUGUUCGACCAUCAACGAUCGAGGGGUCGGAAAGUUCAUCAGAUAUUUCCGAGUCAGAUUUAAUUUUGUUUGACUAG